AUAAUAACGUUCAUACGGCAAAUACACUUGAAAUGUGUCAGUAUAUGUACUUUUCAACAGUAACAGAUCGAUGUCUUCCCAGUGAUGACGUAUACAGCAAUUUAUCAAUCCGAUGUGUCAGACAGCAUGCACUCAAGAAUAUAGAACAAUUUAUGGAUGAUCUAUCAUUGGCAGUAAAAUACGUAGUAGUCUGCCUAAAUUCAACGGCACCGAUGGAUCCCAAAGAGGUUAACAUGCUCCGUGAUGUUCUUGGUAAACAUGAUCAACUAGGAAAAGAAGAUAUCUUGAUACUAUACGAAGCACUAGCUAACGCGCAAAAUGAAUUGCCGGAAGAUACAAUGGCAAAAACCCAAGAGUUGGUGCGCCAAGCGUGGGAUAUGUUACCUACACUUAGCAUACGGGAUUGUAGCCAUCUUAUGAACCAUGGUAAACUGGACAUUUGUGCCAUGGUGGGAGCACAGGCAGUAGAAGAGUUAUUCCAACGUUUGACUUCCGAUAUAAAACAACUGGAAUCAGAUGUAGUAUUACGCCUUGUAGAAUUUGCAUCUAAGCAAAAUCAUCUGUCCACAAGAAUGAUAGGCAUCAUAGAGGUUGAUCCGUCCAUUAUACCAGUCACUGCGACCGCAGCUGUAGCUGUUCUAGAAUUAUAUCUAAAUGCUGGGAGAAGUUGUGAUUCCAAAGCAUGCAAGUGGGCACGGGAUAAGUUAACCAAUAGGCGUACGAUCAUAGACCCACGAUACUCUGAAAGGAUGCAACGCAUCGUAGAUAGGAUUAGUACCCACAAUGCAUCGUGAUGUCAAAACCGAUGUUUUUGAAUUGACAUUAACCACUGUUGCUUCAUAAAAUUGUCGAACUUUAAUUGUGACACUAUA